UGAGUAGUUCAAGGGCACUGACUGUCUUGGUUUGCUGAUCCUUGUGGGGCAGCUGUAUCAAGACACUUGGUUUCUUCCUAGAGAAACACUCCUCUAUCUUUGUGUUUGAGGACAUUUGGUCUUGUGCCUGGAGGCAGUCAGUUCACAAUCUUCAACAUCACCCUGUUCCCAGUGUCAUGAAGACAGACACUUCCUGUACAAAGAGCCCUGUGGAAGAUACUUGUAAACCAGAGAAGAUGUCCAAGUCCUUCAGGGAUAUUUCCAAAUACUUCUCUGAGGAAGAAUGGGCAAAGCUGACUAAAUGGCAGAAAAGUGCUUACGUGUUUAUGAAAAGAAACUACAUCAGAAUGACAGGCUUAGGGAUCAAAGUCAACCAACCAGUUUUCAUGCGUGGAAAGGAAUUCCUAAUGAAAGAAUCUGAUGAAGAUUAUGGCCAUGAAUGUGAUGGUCAGAGCUGA